AUGGCGAGUGUAUCGGAUGCUUCUCUACCUUUGUGUGCAGUUUACAGCGCGAUAUUAACACUCCUGCUUCCUCUACGCCGUGUGUUUCUCUGCACAGGGCCCGAGCUCCCAGAACGCGUUCAUCCCAGCCCUCGUUCACUCCGGCGCCGUCUCACCAGGGACCUUGGGUGCUUCAGCAGCGGAAGACGCGAGCCAGGCCUCGGACCAGGACCUCUCCUCCUCCGCCGCCCCCGAUCUUCGAGGUCUCGACACGGAAACCGCUUCUCCCCUCUUCGCGAGGCGGAACGCGACGCCGUGGUCAUCGGAGACUCCAUCGUCCGCCACGUCCACACUACCACAGCCAAAGGUAAGGUGCGCAGUCACUGUUUUCCUGGUGCUCGUGUUCUCGAUGUCGCUGUGCAGGUUCCCACGAUCCUCAACGGUGCUGAGACCAUCGGAGCUGUAGUGCUGCACGCGGGGGUGAACGACACCGGGCUGUGGCAGACGGAGGUGCUGAAGCAGGACUUCAGGAGCCUGAUCGAGACGGUACGAGCCACAUCGCCCGCGACGAGGAUCAUCGUGUCCGGACCGCUUCCGACGUACCGACGAGGACAUGAAAGGCUCUUCCGUGCUGAUGGCCUGCACCCCAGCAGAAUCGGAGCUGAUCUUCUGUCGGAGAACAUCUCCAAGACGCUUCGCACCGUAUGACUAGUAAGUCAAACCUCAAAUCACAGUCUGUGUUCUGCCCACUUAAUUGAUAGAAAUGUGAGUGUAGUACAGUCUAUAGAAACUGUGUCUAUUCCCCAAAUAGUGAGGUCUAACAAUAAAAAUAAAGGAUCUAGAAAAAAUCUGAUCGUGAUCAAACCAGAAAUUCGCAAAAUUACUGAACAAAAACAAUUUCUAAAGCUAGGGCGUUCAUCAAACAGCUGGUGUUUGCGUCUCCGUAUAGCUUAGUUUUCUCUUACUUUUAUUGAUUUUUGAUUAUAUUAUUAUUGCCUACCACAUUAAUCUGACGUCGCUAGCUUGUAAUCUUUGAAUCUAAAUCGCUGUAACGCGUUUGGAUCUCGCUGGUUAACUUGUUAUCAGUCUCGCGCGCUCCUUUUUUAACGCGUUCAUCAAACAGCUGUGGUAACUCGGAUCGGAUCAGUCUACAAACACGGUGAGUCAUGUCAUCCUCUCCCUCAGUCUUCUUUUGCACAGUCUGUAACAUGUUUAGUGUAGCUCUCUCUGUCAGCGACGAGAGAUUUACAUGUCAUAAA